AUGCCGGAGGCUGCGAAGAAGGGUGUCGUGUCCAAAAAGGCAGUGAAGCAAUCACUUACUAAAGUCAAUAAAACGCCUUGUAAGAAGCGGAGAAAAUACCGGAAAAACAGUUACGCAGCUUAUGUGUACAGAGUGCUCACUCAAGUUCACCCCGCCACCAGGAUCUCUUCCAAGGCCAUGAGUGUCAUGAACUCAUUUGUUGUCGAUAUCUUUGAGCGCAUUGCAACCGAAGCUUCCCAUCUCAUUCACUAUAACAAGCGUCACACCAUCUCGGCAAGAGAAAUCCAGAGCGCCGUCCGCCUCAUGUUGCCGGGAGAACUGGCCAAGCACGCUGUUUCUGAAGGCACGAAAGCCGUGACAAAAUACACCAACUCGGGCUGA